AUGAUCCGAAUUCAAGGAAAAAGAGUUUUGACCGUUUUAGCUUUUGUGAUGGCAAUUUGUGUAUCUUUCCAGCUAGGUCUUAUAUGGAGUACUCGUUCCUCCUUUUCUGACAUUGUUCGUGAACAACUAGAUGUCGAAAACCACGUGCAGCCCACACAAUUGCGAGAACUGAAAAUGAAUCAGCAGACGCCAUUACGAGAACUGAAAGUGAAUCACACGACAACUCCUACUUCGCAAAUCAAUUACAAAUCAUUUCUUAUAACCAGGAGAUCUUGUAUGCAACAUUACGAUCUUCUUAUCAUUAUCUCAUCCGCUCCAAGUAAUUUCGGAAGAAGGAAUAACAUUCGUAAGACAUGGGCAUUCGAAAGAUCCGCAAAACCAAGAUGGACGUCAGUUUUUCUGGUCGCCCAGACACGGAAUGAAACAGUUUCGAACGUGUUGCUUGACGAAGAUGAAGCACUUAAGGACCUUGUGCGAGCUAGCUAUUAUGACCACUACUGGAAUCAAACCCGAAAGAUACAAAUGGGCUUCGAAUGGGCAGUAACGUAUUGCAAUUUCUCGUUUCUUUUGAAAUUGGAUGACGACGUUUUCGUGCACGUUCCAAGAGUUCUCUCCUUCUUAAGCGCACACACCACGCCGAAAAAGAUGUUUUACGCUGGCAAUCACUACACAAAUCCUGUUCCUUUAAGGGAGGGUAAAUGGAAGGUAACUUACGAGGAAUAUAGCGGGAUGAGAUAUCCAGACUUUUGCCCCGGUUUUGGAUACAUUUUAUCUCACGAUGUUGUACGUGCAUUUGUUGACACUUUCUCUUCUUUGCCGUUCUUCAGACUGGACGAUGUUUACGUUGGCAUGCUAGCAAGUAAGAACGGAAUAAAUAUUACAAACAAUGUGGGUUUUGAACUAUGGCAUCCGCCCCAAUAUGUAUGUGUUCCAACAAAGAAUACUUUAGUCAGGCAUGAUGUAGGGGAAGAGUGCCAAAUGAAAAUGUUUAACUUAGCCAUUUUCCCUCAGUAGUUCGAUGGCGUGGUUAGUACAUACGUAUAUUUUCAUAAAUUCUUCAGUGAAUAAUUUUUCCCUAUAAAAUAUCCGUUGUUCAUUUGAGUGCAGCUAAUUAAAGCCAUCUUUGUUUUGAAUGUGCGAAGCUCGAAGAGUCAGAAUCAGGGCAUUGGAUGCUACAACAUUCACCGACAAUCAGGCUGAGUGUGUGAGCAAGUUGUGUAUCUGUCAAAAUAAGCCGUAGAUAUCAAGAAACGACUAUCGCAGUUUAUUAUUUUAUGGGGAAUUUAUUGAAUUUUACUGCUUCCUCGUCUUGUAAAAAUUGAUUGCAACUUUAAAUAGUUUUAUUUUUCCUUGAAAAUACACAAAUCGUGACUGUCCAAAAGCUUGUUGGAUGAUUUUGUAAAGUUUGAAUCACUUUGUACUGAUAUGCUUUAAUGCCAAUACAAAGGGUCAUGUCUGCGAAUGAGUAGCUCUUUGAGACUAAAAACUAUCAAAAUGUGAUAUAAGAUUUAGCUCUUACCGAUUUGAGAGCAAUCAAGACUUUAUAUUCUUUGAUCCAGACACAUGCAGGGUGAGGAAACAAGAGACACGGAAAAAUUUAUUUCAGAAAUGUAGUUGAUAAAAUGAACUCUUCUAUCUGGUUUUCAAGCAAUCUUAAAACAUUGACUCAUGUAUGUAAUCAAAGAUUACUCAACGGAACUUUUCCGUUUCAAGGUAAAAUAGAAACUGUCACACUGCUACAGAGGUCAAAUAAUUUCUAGGCUUUCAAUUUUACUUUUACCUAUUGAAACAGAGUUCUCAUCAUUA